UGAGUCCAAACAAAAAGUAUCAAAAGCAGCAGCAUCACAUUUCAAUGGCAGCAAGAUAAUAAGUGAGAGAAAACUCCGAAACAGUGCUGAAAUUAGAGACUUGAGUGAGUGAGACAGACGUAGCGAUAAUGGCGGUCUCGGUGUCCAUCUUGGCCAUCAUCAUCUCCCUGCAUCUCAUCGCUUUCGUCCUCGCCAUCGGCGCCGAACGACGUCGUAGCUCUGCUGUUGUGGUGCCUGAUGAGUACGACGAGAGGACGUACUGCGUGUACAAAUCGGACGCGUCGACGGUGUACGGCUUGGCGGCGUUCGGGCUGUUGCUGUUAAGCCAAGCGGUGGUUAACGGCGUCACCAGGUGUCUCUGCUUUGGCAAAGGCCUUGUCACUGGCAGCUCCACCACUUGCGCCGUCUUCUUCUUCAUCCUCUCCUGGAUUAGCUUUUUGGGUGCUGAGGCAUGCUUAUUGGCCGGGUCCGCAAGGAAUGCAUACCACACCAAGUAUCGAGGAUAUUUUAAAGCAAACGACUUGUCAUGCGCCACCCUCCGCAAAGGCGUUUUUGCUGCCGGAGCAGCACUAACAUUGUUGUCUCUGCUGGGUUCAACCCUUUACUACUGGUCUCACUCGAGAGCUGAUACGGGUGGAUGGGAGAAGCAUCAGAACGAUGGCCUUGGCAUGACCCAUACUAGUUACCCACCUCAGCAGCAGCAACAAAACAGUGAAUAUCCGAAGGUCUAAUUGUUUGCUCAGUGCGUCAUUUUCCACAAUUUUGAUGACUUUUUGUUGAGGAACAAAAUGGAUCAUAGAUAAAACUUCAAAUGCUACCUUAACGAGCUAAAGACAGAUAUAUGUUUGUAAUAGUAGAAGUUAGAAUCUGGUGUUGUGUUUGUUAAUAGUUGGAAUUGUAUUUUCAGACCUUUUCUUUGAAGUUUGAAUCAUACCUGUUCUUGUUUUUGUUA